AUGUCGUCUUUCAAACGUAAAACUCCAUCAGGUCGGGCUACUCUGCCCCAAGGCACUCGCCUUUCCCCGUUUUCCACGUCUACCGUAAUAACUUCAACCGGAAUACCUUCACUAGAUGAUAUUCUUGGUGGCGGACUACCCUUGUCUUGCUCUCUCGCUGUGCUUGCUCCCGAUCAUCACUCGGCAUAUGGAGAACUAGUGCAAAAAUACUUCGUAGCGCAAGGUCUUGCGUCUGGUCAGAAAGUCUGUAUUAUCCAUGAUGAACCCCUGAGAUUUGCGAGGGAGUGCAUCUGGAUGCCAGGGAGUACGCCGUCGACACCUGCACAAUCUAGUACAGCUGAGGACGCGGACGAUGAGCGGGCGAGUCAGCAUGAUGACAAAAUCAAGAUUGCCUGGCGUUAUGAGCAGAUGAAGAAGUUCCAGACCACAGUCUCAUCCAAUUCUCUCAAUGACGAUCUUUGCAUGACAUUUGAUUUGACUUGCAGGAUCCCCAAUGCGGUCCUUGAUGCUGUACGGCAGUCUGCCCAGCUGAAUUUGAUUGAUAUCGAGGAGCUACUAUCGAAUAGCACAAACUCACAGGCUGUUCGUAUAUGUAUCCCUGCUUUGGGAUCGCCUCACUGGGGCGACAUACAACCAUCAACAGUGUUGACCUUGCUACACGGACUUCGAAGGAUUCUCCAUCGGUAUCCAAACGCUUGCGCCUCGCUGACUCUUGCACCUCAUAUAUGUACGGAUACUUGGGGAGGACCGGGGUGGAUUCAAAAGGUUGGCUGGCUAACCGAUGCAGCGAUCUCCAUGUCGGCAUUUGGCGCCAAUCCCUCGCUGGCUUCUCUUUUCCCUUCCCAUCACGGCAUUCUUCAAAUUCUUACGCUCCCAGCGCCUCAUACCAUUCUCCCAGCCAGUGACAAAUAUUCCACUCUCCGCGGGCUGUCAUCGGCUGCAGGGACAAUGGGCGGAAGCGGAGAAAAUAACCUUGCUUUCAAGUGCAUGCGCAAACGUCUUAUCUUUGAGACGCUACAUCUUGACUUGGAAGGUGGUGUGACUGAGCGUCGAACGACACCUUCGUCCAACGCUAUCGCUUUGGAUACCGGCAUGAUGCAUGAAACAACAUCUGCUGCUAUCCUCGCUACGGAAGGCAGAAAGGGCUCCCUUGCAACUGUGGAAGUUGAAUUGGAAUAUGCUAAGGAGUUGAUGAUUGAUGCAUCUGCGCGGGCUGUGGCCGAUGCUGCGGCCGACCGGUCCCCUGGCGCUGCGAAGUCGAAGAAGUCAAAGAAAAAAGUAGCUUUUCAUUCAGAGCGUCCUGAUUUGUAUGAUUUCUGA